AAAUCGUAAACCACGACGGAAAUACAGUACACUCGAAGCAUUUUCAAUACACUUUUAAUGUGAAAACCAAACCGGACCGGACCAGAAGUAGCGUUGGAUCUGAACUUCCGACUUCGUUCUGCCGAUAUGACUACUGUACUCGAUUAAGUUCAGUUUAUUUGCAGUGAGUAGCAGCAUUGGGCAGAUGGAGGAGGCAAGGAAUAGAGCCAUAGCCUACCUUACCUCAGGACUGGGCCAGGGCGGAAAGGCUGAGGCCCAGUUGAUGGCCAGCUACCCACUGCCGCUGUCCCAGAAGUAUCGUCACCUCAUGGUAGAGACAAUGCUGAGGGAAAAUGUGUCUGGCAGCAGCAGAGCUCAGGUGUUGGAUUCAUUGAAUAAUUUGAUGAAAGCCUUGAGCAUUUUGGAAAAGUAUGGCUACAACCUGACCAGCGUCACUAGGCCCAAGUACUGGCGCAGUGUCAAGCACAACAAUCCGGUCUUCAGAUCCACCGUGGACGCCAUCCAGGGCGGGCGGAGGGUGCUCUUCCUUUACGGCUACACCAAAGAGCAGUCGGACGGCCUCAGCUUUCCCGAUGAUGUCGCCGAGCCUGAUCGCGACACAGUCGCCAAGGUGACGCUGGAAGUCAUGACGUUUCGCAGGGAGCUGGAAAUGCUCAUUAAGGGCACGCAUCCUCAUCGAGAAGUCUUCAAAGAGUUGGUCCCUGAGUUGGCCGGACCGCAGGAUGCGACGGUGACUGAAGCCCCCGUAACCGUACCAGAAGAGAAGAAGUCAUCACCCAAGCCGCCACCGCCGCCCUUGAUGCCCAAGCCCAACUUAGCAGCAGUCGCCGGACAAGCUCCGGAACCGCCGUCGUCAUCGGACCAGUGCAACCUGUGCGGAGGCUCGGCAAUGGUCGUCUGCCCCUCGUGUGCCAACCAGUCCUUCUGUGAUGCGUGCGACGACCUCUUCCAUCGUCACCCGGCGAGGACCAGUCACAAGCGAGAGCGAAGACUGAAAACAAUGCAGGGAAUGUGUUCCAUCUGCGGCGUGUCACCCGUGCAUGCUCAGUGCGCCACAUGCGAACACACGCUGUGCCUGAAAUGCGAUGGCCUCUUCCACUCGCACCCCGAGCGCAAAGGUCACACCAGGACAGUGCUCACACCCGCCAAGACGAACAGCUCGACGCCCUCCAACGCAGAGUGGCAGUGUAAGAGCUGCACGGUCAUCAAUCAAGGCAGCAGUAUCCUGUGUGAGGUGUGUGAGCGCCCCCGUCUGGCCCCUCGCCCAUUGAUCAACCUGGGUUUUUCCAGCCUGAGUUCUGGUACGGACACCCGCGGACAGUCUCCUUGGACGUGUCGGUUCUGCACCUUUGUCAACCCCGCGUCCGCAGAGGCGUGCAAGGUGUGCAGCUCUCUGGGUUCACAGUCAGAUGCACCCCCGCACCCCCCAAAGGCCUCAGGUGAUGCCAAGCAUCAAGGCAACCCACCCAGGCCCAAGCCAAGAGCCAGUUUGGAUCUGAAGAGGCAGGAACGCAUGAGGGAAGACGGGCUCAAGCUCGUGCGCCAGAUCAAAGAAGCCGAGAAGCACGGCAUCAGCCCCGAGGAAGUGUACGCCGCGCUGCGCGCGUGCGGCGGCAGCAGCGUGGACCCGUGUGAUUGGCAGGCGUCGGAACUGCCGCACCUGCUGGACGAGCUUUGCGCCUUGGCCGCCUCGGUGCAGGUGAGCGCCUCGGCCGGCGGCCAAGCCGUGAAGCUCUCCAAAGCCGAGGCCAAGCUGGCCUGGUUGGCGUCGGGGGGUGACACCGAGCGAGCCGUGACGCAGCUGCUCAGAGACCGACAGAUGAAGAUGGCGGAGCUCCACUCUCUGGGCUUUCGGGACGCAUGCCAGUGCGAGGAGGCCCUGCUGCAAAGCGGCGGCGAGGUGAAAGGAGCCCUGUCUGUGCUGCAGCGACCCCUACUGGACGCUUUCCAUCAGCGGAUCUGGAACGAGCAGCCCGAGCCACCCGUGGACCCCAACCACCCCAACAAAGAGCGGAUGUGCCGACGUCUGCUGGCGCUGUACGGCCUGCCCAGCUGGGGGCGCUGCGAGCUGACCCUGUCGCUGCUGCAGGAGCCCGGCGUUGCCUACUCGCUCGAGGACGUGGUGCAAGCGGUCAGGGAGUCGCACGACCGCGAUUUCAUCAGGCGUGUCCUCAACAAUAAGUGUCCGUGCUGCCUCAGCAUCUUCCCUCGGAGCAAGAUGCAGUCUCUGACGUCAUGCCAGUGCUCGGUGUGUCUGGACUGCUUCACGCAGCACUUCACCAUCAAGGUGCGCGACGGGCACAUCUGGGAAAUGGUUUGUCCCAUCUGCCGCGGGCCCGACAUCACUGAUCCCGAGCAGCUGGACAGUUACUUCUUCACGCUGGAUAUCCAGCUGCGGGGUUGUCUGGAGCCUGACGUCUACGAGCUCUUCCACAGAAAACUGACGGAGCACGCGCUGAUGAAGGACCCCAAGUUCCUGUGGUGCUGCCACUGCGUCUCGGGCUUCAUCAAUGAAGGCGACCAACUGAAGGUGACAUGUCUGUCGUGUUGCAACAGCUUCUGUGCCAAGUGCAAGAAAACGUGGGAGCCUCAGCACCAGGAUCUGACCUGCGAGCAAUUCCAUCAGUGGAAGCGGGACAACGACCCCGAGUACCAGAGGCAGGGCCUGGCUGGCUACCUGAGGGACAACGGCAUCACCUGUCCUCAUUGCCGCUUCCAGUACGCGCUGACGAAAGGCGGCUGCAUGCACUUCACUUGCUCCCAAUGCAGGUACCAGUUCUGCAGUGGCUGCAACAACCCUUACUACACGACGGGCUGCAGGACCGAACAGUGCCACUUCAAGGGCUUCCACACUCACCAUCCUCGCGAUUGUCUCUUCUACCUAAGAGACUGGGAGACCACACGGCUGCAGGCGCUGCUGCAAAUGAGAGGCGUGGAAUUCAACACAGAACCUUCUGACGAACUGCAGGCGGGCACUUGCGGCGUGAUGGAGCAGAAAGAGGAAGGAGGUCAGCUCGUCGACUCGCCCUGUGGCAUCCAGACUCAGCCCGGCCAGGCCGGACUCUGCGGCAAACACUACGGAGAGUACCUGGUCAGUCUGAUCAACGCCCACUCGCUGGACCCCGCGCUUGUCUACGACGCACACGACUUGAUCCGAACCUGCGAACGCCACCACGUGGAGAUGCAGAGGGCCGACAACGAAGACGACGACACCUACCACGCUCGACUGCGCAAGAAACUAAUGGAGAUUCCUCUGGGCGAAAAGGUUCCCAGGAACGCAACGCACCACCCUGACACAAGCUGAGCCAACAUAUAACGGUUAUUUUGAACUAGCUGCAUACCUCAUGAGUCAAUGUUCAUCAAGUUUGUCAGCAAAGAAGAAAGAUAUUUAUUUGGCAUUAUCUAUCCCGUUUCUACGUACUUAACUGUGCCAAGAUGAUCAUUUUUGUGCUUUAUUGAUCAAUAAAAAUAUACUGUCCAAACAA